GCUCUUCGUGAGGGAGCCGACAAGGGAGGCACUCAGGAGUCAGGAACUGAGUCUGAGGCUCAGGAAGCAACUCAAAGGGCGCUCUUCUAUAGCAUCGAGUUGUCCAUCUGCUACGAUUGACACAGAGAGAGCUGCAACUUUUGCAUCUUGUCAUGGAGGACUCACAUCAGCUCCCGCACGCGGCUGAGCCGCACGAUGCUCUGCGCUUUGGGCUUCCUACAUUCAAGCAGGAUGCUUUGCCCGCGCAUCCGGUGGAAACAAUGACAAAGAAUUUUCCCAAGCAGCAAUCGACGCUGAAGCAGACGCUCCUGACAAACGCGUAUGGCGCCGCCCUGCCGAUGCGCAUGGAGAUUGAGCGGCAAUACCUGUCCAGGCCUCAUCGGUUACCGGGCAUGCCAGAUUCGCGCGUGAGCCUAGACUCCAUGACGGGGGAUCUGGACAACUUCGGCUUCGAGGACUAUCUCAAUCUGCCUUCCGAGCGGGAGUCGCAAAACGCGGCAGUGGACCCCCACUAUGUGAUGGAGGCCCGCAUGGGCAUGGUGCCCAAACCUUCGUCUAUUUUGCGGUAGUGCCAGGUUUUCUUAAGCGGUUCCCAUUCCUUGUUCUGUACAUGAUCCUCGUCAAAACUCACUCAACACAAGCAAUGCUUCGCUUGCGCCUUGCCACGAGUCAAACAUAUCUCAAGCAAAUGUCAGCCGGAUACAAAUCCCUGCGUCACCUGCUUUUGUCCACCUUGUGUUCAACUGCAUGUGGUCUCAAAUUGUCGGUG